AUGGCAAAGGAGAAGACAAAAUAUUAUUUUUUGUUGCCAUAAGAAAGAAAAAUGGAAAACACCUUUGACGGUCACCUUCUCAAAUAUUCCGUUCCGUUAAGCUCCAUGCUUGAAACCCCUCAAAGCUUCUUUGGAACGGCAACGAAAGAACCUUUCAACGAAGCCACCACUUCAUUCGAUAUCUCUUCUCUUUUCUCUUCUAACCCAAUACCAGAACUCCACAGCUCUCCUCGGGUUAUGGACGACUCCAUCGCCGCCGUGGUAGGCGAAAACGUUCUCUUCGGCGACAAAUUCCCCGCCACGGUUACCCAAGGCGGUGGCGUGAAGCCGUGGCGGAAGAUGUCGCAGAAGAACGGAGGAUUCAUGGGAGUGAGAAAACGGCCGUGGGGCAGAUGGUCGGCGGAGAUAAGAGACAGGAUAGGGCGGUGCAGACACUGGUUAGGAACGUUCGAUACGGCGGAGGAGGCUGCGCGUGCGUAUGACGCGGCGGCGAGGAGGCUGAGAGGGACGAAAGCCAAGACCAACUUCGUGAUUCCGGAGGAGCAGAUAGCAGCUCAGACUCAGUCGGAGGAGAAUAGGAGGAGGAAGAAGAAGACGAAGAAAACAGAGAAUCCGAGCAAGUGUGUUCACGUCACAUCAGUUGCACAACUGUUCGCUGAUGCCAAUAUCAUAGCUUCUUCUACUAGUCGUCAUGGAAAUGUGACUCGUCCUUUUAAUAAGCUUGGCAAAAUGGGUUUAGAGCUUGAUUUGAAGUUGAGUUUAGGGCUCUGUUAGCAAGUGAUUUAAGUAGCUCUGUUUUGUUUUCAUUAGCUUUGUAUGGUUUUUUGUUGUUGUUGUGUUUGGCUGUUGGUGAAACGAAACAAGAGGCCAUAUAUAAUCUUGGUCCGUUGGACAUAAAUCCUAGUUGUCCGUUUGUUUUACUUUUGAAACAU